CUGAGAAUUUGGCAAGGGCACCAAAUAGCUGGUUUAACAGAGAGCUUUGAUGGCCGAGAAGAAUAUAUAGUACUUGAAAAACUCUGGAAAUACAAUCAAGCAAUGCUCACCUUAGUAAAGGGAGCAAAGAAGCAAUUAGUAAUUAAACCAACACAAGGUAGUUGGGGAACCAGAGAUAUAGCUCUUAAAUAUGCAGAGGAAGCAGAUGAUCACAUGAUCACUAACUUUGAUACAAGAGAGAUAAAGCAAGAUCUGCAAACAAGUAACACAAACAAGUUAGCGUUAAUAUUCCAAAGAGUAAAGGUCUCAGAAGACAAACACAUUCGAAGAGUAAUUAGCAAGAGCAAAGAAGGAUUUCAUACAGAGAAGUGGUUAAUUAGUAAAGAAGAGAAAGGGUUUAGAAAGCAAAAUAGUAGUUGGGUUCUUGAUAUGACACAAAGCUCACUUGAAGGAAUUAGGAAAAACAAUAUUGAUCUAGAGAGAACUAGUAGGAGAGAAACAAAUAAAGGCUCAUAUAGUUUAGAACAUGCAAGCCUGGCAAAUAUAGUUUAUAUAGAUAGCUUUAUCGAAAUCCCAACAAGAAAUUUUAUCAAAGAACUUAAAGACACAAGAAAUGUAGCAGAAUGGAAAAUGUUAAGUACUCAUAAAAUUGAACAAGCAGCAAUUGAAACAGUACAAGCCCUUAUAAGCGAACCUGAGAAAAGAGAGAAAUUACAAACAAGUGAACUUCAGAAAUGUUUAUUUAGUAAAAUGUACAAAGAGCAAAAAGAACGAAGAGAAGGCUACACUCGGGGUCUAUUUAAAAACACAGUUAUAGAAGAGCUUAUCAACCAAGGCUUAACAAAAAGAAAAGCUUUAGACCGAUCGAGAUGUGAAAAGAUGAUAGAGUGGAAACAAGGAAAAGGCAUCUCUAAGCAGCAAAAAUUAGGAAAAAGGACCAAAGGGCAAGAUAAAAAGAAGAUUAAUGGGGAAAAAAGAAAAGAAAAGACAAAAAUGCAGAAAAAUUCCUAUCAGAAGAGUAGAAAACCGCCUAACUCUAAAGAAGCCACAUUACAGAAAGUUAAAGAUAGGAAAAAAAUUACAAAUAGAAGAAUAGAUACUUUGGUAAGGAAGACAAUAUAG